UAUUUGGUUUUUGUAAUGCAUUUAAUCUAGUUUGUUCAUUGCGUUAAAGCUUAAAAAUUCUAAAUAACUAUUUAACAUGAGCAAGUUACAGUGGCUCAACAAAUUGCCUGAUAAUGACAUCAAGAACUUGGUUGAGUCUAUUGAUAUUGUCUUGUUUGACUUGGAUGGUACCUUAUUGCAUGAUAAAUCCUCCUUUCCUGGAGCAAACAACACUGUGGCGAAACUGAGAGCCUUAGGGAAAAAAAUCGGAUUUGUUACCAAUAAUCCGGCUUAUAUUCCCGAAUAUUGGAAAAAGUUCUUACAUCCCAUAGAGGCUGUGGAAGGAGAAAUUGUGACACCAAAUGUUGUCCUACUGGACUACCUUAAAAAAACUGGAUUUGAUAAGGAUAUUUUUGCGGUUACUUGUCCGUUUACCAAAACUGUACUCAGGAAUGCCGGGUAUAAAGUCAUUGAGUAUAAAGAUAUACAGACGGAGCCAUUAGCAGAACAAAUUAGCGGACCAAACGGGCUUAAAAAUUUAGCAAAAAAAGUUCUUAGCAUUUGCAAAAACGUCGGCUUGGUCUACCUAGAUGUUGAUAUCAACGUACAAUAUGGCGCCCUACAAGUAUCUCAGACCAUUUUAAACCAGAUUAACGACUGUAAGCUUUUAAGUGGAAUGUCUGAUGACGUGACUUCUAUGGGCAAAAUGCUCAUUAUUUGUUCCCACUUUUAUAUAAGUGCCAUGGAAAGAUGGACCAAUAAACAAGCGUUACAAAUGGCUAAGCCUGGAAUAACGCUUACUAAAUAUUUAGUGUCCAAAUACAAGAUUGCUGACGCAAGCCGGGUUUUAAUGAUAGGAGACAACGUUCUUACUGAUAUGGCUUUUGGGGUAAAUUCUGGUUUUAAGACAUGCCUUGUACUGGGAAACUUGUCGAGUACAAGUUUAGUCCAAAACUGGACGUACCCCGAAGAGUACAAGCCUGACUAUGUAAUCAGUGAAGUGGCAGAGAUAUUUCCAAGCAUCAAAGAUUUUUAGUAUGUUUAGGCUAAAAACAAUAAAUAUUUAAGUAAUCUGA